AUUAUUGUAUACUCUGAAUUUUAAUGCGAUUCCCUAAUCAAACACAUAUAAUCUCACGCAUUUAUAAACGAAACUUAAUCUUUGCUAGUCAGAGAUAUGCCAGCAUUAACCUCAUGGAUCAGAAUGAAUCACUCAAACCCAUGUGCGUGUUUUUAAGCACACGUGAGAUAUAAAUAAAAACACACACCCCCCAGCUUCUUAUCGCAGCAAAGAGAAAUUUAGGGGGAAAAAGAAAACAUUGAAACAAAAAAAUAAACCCUUAACCUACACUCUCUAAACCCUUCUCCUCCUCCUUCUUCAUCUUCCUCUUUUUUUUUCUGCUGCUGCACUGAAUGAAAGUGUGCACUUGAGGUGUUUGUGAAAAUGUCGCAAUUAAAUUUGAUGGAUCACGCGCCCUCCACGCCGGGGAAGCAAAAACCAGAGAAAUCGCCGUACAUUAACCACCGAAUGAGGCUUCAUUCCUCACUCUCCAAGCUCACUAUCUUCUCCACCUUCGUCGUGGCCUUCCUCAUCUUCCUGUUCCUUUUAUCCCCUCCCUCCGCCACUACCCCUGCCACGCGCCGCCGUACUCUUGGCGGCAACUCUUUCAAUUCCUCCGCCACCUCCUGGGGCGGCUCCGACUGGGAGAAGCGCGUGAGCAGGUCGGCGCGCCGUGCCUCCCCUUCCAGUCUCGCCGUCCUCAUCACCGGCGCCGCGGGAUUCGUCGGAGCGCACGUUUCUCUCGCACUCAAGCGCCGCGGUGACGGCGUCCUCGGCCUCGACAACUUCAACCGCUAUUACGACCCGAACCUGAAGCGCGCCCGGCAGCGCCUCCUGGAACGCGCCGGCGUGUUCGUCGUCGAAGGCGACAUCAACGACGCCGCACUCCUCCGAAAGCUCUUCGACGUCGUGCCGUUCACACACGUGGCUCACCUGGCUGCUCAGGCUGGAGUCCGCUACGCAAUGCAGAACCCUUCCUCCUACGUCCACAGCAACGUCGCUGGGUUCGUGAACCUUCUAGAAGCAUGCAAGACAGCGAACCCUCAGCCCGCUGUGGUUUGGGCCUCGUCGAGUUCUGUGUACGGGCUCAACUCCAAGGUUCCUUUCUCCGAGAAGGACCGUACGGACCAGCCCGCGAGCCUCUACGCGGCAACGAAGAAAGCAGGGGAGGAAAUAGCCCAUAGCUAUAAUCACAUCUACGGGCUUUCAAUCACGGGCCUGAGGUUCUUCACGGUUUACGGGCCUUGGGGCAGGCCCGACAUGGCGUAUUUUUUCUUCACGAAGGAUAUACUGAAGGGGAAGCAGAUCACUGUGUUUGAGGCGCCGGAUGGUGGAACGGUUGCUAGAGAUUUUACUUACAUUGAUGAUGUUGUGAAGGGGUUCUUGGGGGCUCUGGAUACAGCGAAGAAGAGUACCGGGAGUGGGGGAAAGAAGAAGGAACCGGCGCAGUUGAGGGUUUUUAAUUUGGGGAAUACUUCCCCGGUUCCGGUGUCAGAGCUGGUGGCGAUUCUUGAGAGAUUGCUGAAGGUGAAGGCGAAGAAGAAAGUGGUGGCGAUGCCGAGAAAUGGGGAUGUGAGGUUCACUCAUGCUAAUAUUAGCUUGGCGAGUAAGGAGCUUGGGUAUAGACCCAUUACUGAUUUGGGGACAGGGCUAAGGAAGUUUGUUAAGUGGUACCUUGAGUUUUAUCCUGGCUCCAAGAAGAAGAGUGCUUGGUGAUGGUGAUUCUUCUUUUAAAAUGGUGUUCUAGUUUUUUCUGGUUGAUGAAUGAGUCAUUGUUUUAUUUGUUGCCACUCACCGAUUGUGUACUUUUUUAUUAUGCCUUCUGUUUUUUACGAAGAAGAUUUGGAUCUGGUUCUGCAGGCUGCAGAGGCUUGGAUUGAUGUUGAAAGAGUUCAUACAAUUGCAUUAGGAGCCAAGAAGAACUAGUGUCAUGAUGAUCUAUCUUUUUUUUUUCGGUUUUAAAUCAUGUUGUAGUUUUGCUUCAUUUUCAUCUUCAAUUGUAUUCCUUUUAGUUUAGGCAUUGUACAGUCUUUGACUAGAGACAUCAAAUUGGGGUUUGUUAAUUGUGCAUUCUUUUCUUGUAUGUUUUUGAAUUCAAAGCAUUUGCACGAUAAGAAUGUUCUACACUGUUCCAUUGUCUAUUAAUCUGAAGGUGUGUGCUUAAUUAU